AUGAAAUUACCUGCUGUUUUUUCUCUGCUGUUUGUUCUCUUCUCUGUAUCCCAGGAACACAAUCCUAUGCAUUCACUAAAUACAUAUGCUUAUCCAGGCUACUAUCAAGAUGGGGACUUCAUUAUUGGUGGGCUCUUUUCUUUGAAAGUGUCUGAUGGUGACAAGAGAAGCAAAUUUGGCUUUAAACAUAAGUUCAGUAGAUUCCGUCAGGAUCUUGCGGUUUAUACGAAGCAUUACCAGCAUCUCCUGGCCAUGGUUUUUCCUGUUGAACAAAUCAACAAGGAUCCUACUAUAUUAUUCAAUAUGUCUCUGGUAUUCUGGCUCUUCAAUGUUGACUUUACUGAGAUGAAAGCCAUAGAGGGUUCUAUGUCUUUGCUUUCAGGAGAGAGUCCUUCGGUUCCUAAUUGUAAUUGCAGGGCUGUGAAGGGAGACAAACUGAUGGGUGUAAUAGGAGAAGUUUCAGCAGGAAUAUCAACCCAGAGUUCCAGAAUCCUCAGUCUCUACAGUGUCCCUCUCCAUUAAUUCCUGCAGAAACAUCAACUUGAAAGAAUUAUUGUUAAGGAGAAAGUUGUGAAUGAGAGAAUUUCAUCAACCAAGUUUGACAUCUUGAACGAUCAGUCUUUGCAGAAUGAUACAGAAGCUCAAGUAAAAGUUGGAGAGUUCAUCUUUGAAUUUCACAACGUUUGGCACUUUUCCUUAAAUGAUGACCAGAUAAUGUGGGCUGAAUACUACAAUGAGACUCCCUCUGCUGUUUGCAGUCUAAUGUGUUCACUUGGAUCCAGGAAAGCAACUCAUGAAGGGAAACAAUUUUGUUGUUAUGAUGGUGUUCCCUGUCCAGAUGGGGAGAUUGCAAAUAAAACAGAUAUGGAUCAAUGUGUCAAAUGUCCUGAAGACCAAUAUCCAAAUAAACAGAGAGAUCAAUGCAACCCUAAAAUUAUGACUUUUUUGUCUUAUGAAGAUUCCCUAGGAGUUGUUCUGGUGUCUAUGGCCAUUAGUUUGUCUCUCCUCACAGCUCUGAUUUUAGGACUUUUUAUUCGAUAUCAAGACACACCCAUUGUCAGAGCAAAUAACCGAAAUCUAAGUUACCUCCUACUUGUCACCUUAAAGUUUUGUUUUCUCUCCUCCUUGAUGUUUAUUGGUCAGCCUAACUCAGUCACUUGUAUUCUGAGACAAACAUUCUUUGUAGUUAUAUUUUCUGUGGCUGUUUCUGCUGUUUUAGCAAAGACCUUCAUUGUCAUUGUGGCCUUCAAAGCCAUCAAACCAGGAAACACAUUACAUAUGUCCAAGGUGACCCAGUUCUCAAAUGCUAUAGUCUAUAUUGGCUCCCUCUUACAAAUAUGUAUCUGUGCAUUCUGGCUGGGAACCUCUCCCCCUUUCCCCGACAUGGACACACAAUCUGAGUUUGGACAAAUCAUCCUUAAGUGUAAUGAGGGAUCCACUACCGCCUUCUACUGUGUACUGGGUUACUUGGGUUUUCUGGCAUUAAUGAGCUUGACAAUUGCUUUUCUGGCCAGAAGGCUGCCAGACACUUUCAAUGAGGCAAAAAUGAUCACAUUCAGCAUGGUGGUUUUCUGCAGUGUGUGGAUUUCUUUCAUACCCACAUAUCUGAGCACCAAAGGCAAGGCCAUGGUGGCUUUGGAAACCUUCUCAAUCUCGGCUUCCAGUGCUGGCUUACUGGGUUGUAUAUUUCUUCCCAAAUGCUGUGUGAUUCUACUGAGAUCAGAUAAGAAUUCAAGAAAAAAAUUACUUGGACAAGUUCCUUCCCAAAGGCAAAAGGUUUAA